AUGGCCGGGGCAAAGGGAAAUGCUGAUAUUGCCACUUUCUUCACAUCUUGCAAUAGCUUGGUUAAUAUUGUUAGAGCAUCGUGUCAGCGUUGUGACAUGCUUAGAGAUCAACUACAAAAGGAUAUUACAGAAUCUCUUGAAAAAGAUACUUUUCCAACAGGGCGAGGCUUAAAUCAAGAAACUUGUCUCAAGCGUCUCGGUGAUACACGUUGGAACUCACAUUAUGGUACAUUACUUAGUAUCAUCUCCAUGUUUAAAUCUACUGUGAAAGUGCUCAAAUUGAUUAUUGAGGAUGGCUCCACUGGUAAUCUAGGUGAAACAAAUAGGUCAUUGGGAGUAAUACAAUCUUUUGAGUUUGUAUUUCACCUAUUUUUCAUGAGAUCUAUAUUGGGAGCCACAAAUGAUUUGUCACAAGCAUUACAAAGGAAAGACCAAGAUAUUGGGAAUGCAAUGACGUUAGACAAAGUUUGCAAGAACCAACUACAACACAUGAGAGAGAAUGCAUUUGAAGCCUUGCUUGAUCAAGUAUCUUCCUUUUGUGGCAAACAUGAUAUCUUGGUUCCAAACAUGGAUGGUGCAUAUGUUGCUUAG